UGGGAAUGUGAGCUUUCUCCCACUCUGUAAACAGCUGAUGACUCACUGCAUAGCUAUGGAACUGAAGAGAUGCAUGGCCUAAGGCAUGCUGUGUGUGUGUGAACAUACAUACGGUUAGGGAGGGGAAGUUCAGCCUGUUUCCUUCAUGCCACAUUCCACUCGGCUUCCUUGACUUUCUCGCGGAAAAGAUUCCCGGAGACCAACCCAGGGCUCCUGCCUUCAUGUCUUUGCUGUCUGCCUUCUGCAGAGGAGCUGUCAGAGCAGUGAGAAGAAAGCUUCCUCCAGAGGUGCACGGCAAAGUCCAAACAUGAGGGCAGGAGAGGAGAGCUGUAAAGGCGUGAGCGAGGGCCUGGGAAGGGCUCCACAAGUCCAAGUUGCAAUUUCUGAGCAGUUCUGUCCAGGAGACUGUGCCCAGGUUAUGACGACUAAUCCAAAGCCGAACAAAGCAUUAAAGGUGAAGGAGGAGUCGGGAGAGAACGCCCCGGUGCUUAGCGACGAUGAACUCGUGUCGAUGUCUGUGCGGGAGCUGAACCAGCACUUGAGGGGUCUCACGAAGGAGGAGGUCAUCCGCUUGAAGCAGCGGCGGCGCACGCUCAAGAACCGGGGCUACGCCGCCAGCUGCCGUAUCAAGCGCGUGACGCAGAAGGAGGAACUGGAGAGGCAGCGGGUGGAGCUGCAGCAGGAGGUGGAGAAGCUAGCCCGGGAAAACAGCAGCAUGAAGCUGGAACUGGACGCCCUGCGUUCCAAGUAUGAGGCGCUCCAGACCUUUGCCCGCACAGUCGCCCGGGGACCCAUCAUCCCGACCAAAGUGGCCACCACCAGCGUCAUCACUAUUGUGAAGUCGGCAGAGAUCUCAUCCAGUUCCGUGCCAUUUUCGGCAGCGUCCUAGUGUCCGCAGUGGGAGAACUAGGGAAGGUUGGAUCCUGUUUGCCAUUUCAGAGCCUGCCUUUCUGCAGAAUCAGCAGUCCCAUUUUUUUUUUCAAGACCACGAAGUGGACUCUUCGAAAGGAAAACUUAAGUGGCUGUUCUGCUGUGCACCUUGGGUUCUGUGAGCCUCUUGCGGCUGACGUUACAAUGCCAUACCUAGUAGUAUGAGUGGCACAAUGGGCCUGGCACAGCCUUUCCAUAUAGCCUCUUUAAGUCCUAGGCAGCUCCCCAAUUGAGGGAAGACGCCAGAGUAUCCUCUGGAAUGUUUUUGAAUGAAACCGAACCACCCAGAAAUGGAUGAUCAGAAUCAUCUGGCACAGUGAAUGAAUAAAUGGAGAAAAACAGCUUCUUCUUCCUUUCAGAAUAAUAAUAAUAACGAUGAUGUCCCAUCACAGCCACCUUUAUAUCCACCUUAGGGAUAUAAAGCAGCUUGAGCCAAGAGAAUUCAUCAGAAUGUCAUAGGGUAGGGUCUCUUCUCUCCAAUUAUGGAAAGCCUUCAUGGGUGAAUCUCUUGUUUACCAGUUGUUGUGACUAUUCUCUCCCCCCCCCCCCCCAAUGUUUCCUCCUUUGCCGUGUGGCCUAGCAAAAUGGAACAGCAUCUACAAUGCAAAAAGAUCCUGUUAGCUGCUUCCCCAUUAUGUGCCUGUGAAUUGGUUGUCGUUCUUUUUUAUUUAGUCUUAUUGCUUCCAAACCAUACACUCUCUCCCAUAACAACAGCUUUUUAAUCCAAGUCCCACAAUGCUGCAGAGAAGAGAAAAUGGGAAAUGAUUAAGAAGAACAUGGUGUGUGUGUGUGUGUGUGUUGGG